UGCAUUGCUCAGUGUACGCUGAGUCGUCACUGCGACCAGUUUGGUGAUUAUAUUUAUUUGGAAUAAAAUAUACACGCGUGUGCGAAAACAUCAGGAGUGGGGGGGAGAAAGAGAAAAGAACUGUUUUUCGACCAAUAUCGUGUUGUGCAGUAAACACGUGUUCAUACGUCUUUUCCAUAGUAAUCUAGAAAAACGUGCCGAACAUUCAGGUGGAGUCUUGCAAUGUUACAAAACUAAUUUAAUACGGAAUACACGAAGCCAUUGUUUGAGCCAUUUGUAAGCGUCAAAUCGUUUUAUUAUCUUUUCAAACUUAGCACUUUCGAACGGUUCUUUAUGCACCACGCAACAUUCUACGUGCUUCGAAAUUCUUGACAAUACCAAAGAGUUUAAUAUAGCAUGCCAAAUCAAAAAUGGAUCAAAACGAGCAUUUUUAUAUUGUUUUUCCUUGGCACUUUGGAAAUCUCCAUUGGAAGUCCUAUCAGAGACAAAUCAAAAGGCGAAGAAGAAAUGCCUAUGAGCAACUGGACGCGACUUGCAGACGAAUGGCUCGCUUCCAGAACAAAUGUAGCAAAACAAUUGGAAGUCACUAUUUUACCAUUUACUGACUCAGUCAGAGAAUUACCACCGACCGCAGAAACUUUCAUCGUUAAUGGUACCAGUCCUGAUCAAUUACAACGGUAUAAUUAUUCUCGAAUGUUGUGGGAGAUGGAAAAUGUGCAACCAACUGGACAUUUGUCAGGGUUUGUGGAUAAAGCUUUAAAAUUAUUAGACUUAAAACAAGUUAUGAUGGAGGUGGAAACAUCGGUGAUGUCAAAAGUGUCGUGUACAGCGUGCAAAGUUGGCGCAGGCCUUCUUCAACAUUACAUAAAAGUCGGAAAGGACGAUAAGCAAAUUAUGAACAGUAUUUAUCAAUUUUGUGUAUCGCUAAAUAUUCAAAGUCCUCGAGUUUGUGAAGGCGUUACGUUACUUUUUGGGGGAGAAGUAAUUUACGUACUCAAACAAGUCGAUAUGGGACCAGCGCAAAUCUGUAGCUUUGUUAUUGGUGACGCAUGCGACGACACUUACAAUCCUCUACACGAGUGGGAAGUGGCAUUCCCACCUGUGAAUAAACCACCAGUUAAACCGCCAGUGCCCCCCCAAGAAGGUGCGCCGACCUUCAAAGUCCUUCAUAUCUCCGAUACUCACUACGAUCCUUAUUAUCAAGAAGGCGCGAAUGCGGAUUGUAACGAACCGUUAUGCUGCAGAUUAACAAAUGGAUCGCCCCUGACACCAGCCGCAGCUGCUGGCCGAUGGGGUGAUUAUAGGAAAUGCGAUACGCCGAAGAGAACCGUUGAACAUAUGCUCAAACACAUAGUCGACACCCAUUCUGAUAUAGAUUAUAUUUUAUGGACCGGUGAUAUACCACCUCAUGAUGUGUGGAAUCAAACGCGAGAAGAAAAUUUGAAAGUUUUGCAUGAUACAGUAAUACAACUUAUUGAAAUGUUUCCUGGAAUACCAAUAUUCCCAGCAUUGGGAAAUCACGAAAGUUCUCCUGUUAAUAGCUUUCCACCAUCAUUUGUUCCUAAAGAAAAUAGUAUAUCUUGGUUGUAUGACGCGCUUGAUAAACAUUGGAGACGAUGGUUACCAGCAGGUGUUUCACACACUGUUCGACGUGGUGCUUUUUAUUCGGUUUUAGUACGACCAGGAUUUAGAAUCCUUUCUGUAAACAUGAAUUACUGUAAUAACAAGAAUUGGUGGUUGCUAAUAAAUAGCACGGAUCCAGUGAGUGAACUUCAGUGGUUGGUCUACGAGUUACAAGGAGCUGAAAUGAAUGGCGAGAAAGUUCAUAUUAUUGGCCAUAUACCACCUGGACAUUCGGAUUGUUUGAAAGUUUGGUCUCGAAAUUAUUAUCAGAUCAUUAACAGAUAUGAAUCUACAAUCACGGCACAAUUUUUCGGGCAUACCCAUUACGAUGAGUUCGAACUAUUUUACGAUUCCGCCGAUUUUGGCAGAGCUCUAAGCAUAGCAUAUAUCGGGCCAUCGGUUACUCCUUAUUAUGAACUCAAUCCAGGAUACAGAAUAUAUUACGUAGAUGGGGAUCAUCCUAAAACAACGAGGAUGGUCGUAGAUCAUGAAACUUGGGUAAUGAAUUUAAAAGAAGCAAAUCUUUAUGAUUAUCCCAUUUGGCACAAAAUGUACAGUGCUCGACAAGCAUAUCAAAUGUCAUCACUUUUGCCUAAGGAUUGGGAUUCUUUGAUAGAUAAAAUGAGCAAUGAGCCAUCACUUUUCGAUUUAUAUUAUAAACAUUAUUAUAAGAAUUCUCCUGUAAGGCCAGCAUGUAGUGAUGAAUGUCGAAAGAGAUUACUUUGUGAUUUACGAAGUGGAAGAAGUCAUGAUCGAAAAGCGCUAUGCCAAAGUCUUGAAUCUAGAAUAGAUAAUGAAACGAGAAUAGGCUGGCGAGCUUGGAUUUACAACGGACUUGCAUUUUCCAUUUCCCUUGCAAGAAAUUUGUCAUAAAAUUUCAAAAGAAAUUCAGCGCCCACUAUUAGUUUAUAUUUUAUUUAGUUUAGAAUUACUUUAAUUUGAAUAUAUUUAGUUUGAAGUGAUAUAAACAAAUGCCAUAAAUGUUAUAUCAAUUUACCAAGAAAAAAUAUUGUUAUGAAAUCCUUUAUUAGUAGCACAUAAAUAUUGUAAAUAUGUUAUUUUGUAAUAAAAUAUAAAAAACUUUUAUA